AUGAGAAACCCCUUUGACAUGUCGGAAAUCGACAAUGCUCUCGAAGAGCAACAACUCCAGCCCCAAGUCGAUAUCCACGCCUACCAGACCUACGACGGCAAUCGCUCUCUACUGCAAGAUGAAAACCGUCGCCCCGAUGAUCUUAAAAACCGUUUCAUCGGUGCUAUCGACCAGGGUACCACCAGCUCUCGUUUUAUCAUCUUCGAUUGUACUGGUGUGCCCGUGGCCAAAUAUCAGGUUGAAUUCCACCAGAUCCACGAGCUCCCUGGCUGGCAUGAACAGGAUCCCCUCGAAAUGGUCGACUCCGUCUUCACCUGUAUCGAAGAAGCCAUGAACACCUUCCUCGCCCUGGGUCACUCCGCCUCCGACAUCGAAGCCAUCGGGAUUACCAGUCAGCGGGAGACCACACUAUGCUGGGAUUGGGAAACCGGUGAGCCCUUGCAUAAUGCCAUCGCUUGGCCCGAUACCCGAACAAAGAACCUCGUUCGCGAGCUCAAGGAAAGGCCCGGGGCUGAAGAUCUCGUCAAGCUCUGUGGAUUGCCCCUCUCCACCUACCCCUCCUCUGUUACAUUAGUCUGGAUGCUGGAAAACCUGCCCGAAGUCAAAAAGGCCUACGAUGAGGGCCGUCUGGCUUUUGGUACCGUAGACACCUGGUUGCUCUACAACCUCAAUGGCGGUCCCGAGAGCAACCUUCUAGUCACUGACGUCAGCAAUGCCUCUCGGACUAUGUUCAUGAACCUUGAGACCCUUGACUAUGAUGACCGCCUCCUCAACUUCUUUGGCAUCGAUCGCAACAAGAUCCGUCUUCCCAAGAUCAUCCCUUCCUCCGACCGCGAUGGCUUUGGCUGUGUCCACUCCGGUCCCUUGGACGGUGUCCCCAUCACUAGCUGUAUGGGUGACCAGUCCUCCGCCCUGGUUGGCCAUUGUGCCUUCACACCCGGUAUGGCCAAGAACACCUAUGGUACCGGUUGUUUCUUGCUUUACAACGUCGGUGACAAGCCCGUCGUCUCGAACCAUGGUCUGCUCGCCACAGUCGGUUUCCAGAUGGGCAAGGAACGCAAGCCUGUCUAUGCCCUCGAGGGUAGCGUUGCCGUCGCCGGCAGUGGUGUCUCCUUCCUGAUGAACAACUUGGGUUUCUUCCGUGAUUCGCGCAAGGUCAGUGAUCUGGCUGGCAGCGUUCCGGACAGCGGUGGUUGUGUCUUUGUCACGGCCUUUAGUGGUCUCUUCGCCCCGUACUGGAUUGAUGAUGCGCGUGGAACUAUCUUCGGUAUUACACAACAUACUCAGCGCGGCCACAUUGCCCGUGCGACAAUGGAAGCCGCUUGCUACCAGACAAAGGCCAUUCUCGAUGCGAUGGAAAAGGACAGUGGGCAUAAGUUGGCCGAUCUGGCCGUGGACGGUGGUAUGAGUAACUCGGAUAUCUGUAUGCAGACCCAAGCCGAUCUUAUUCAAAUGCCCGUGCAACGUCCCUCGAUGCACGAAACCACGGCUCUGGGCGCCGCCAUUGCGGCUGGAUUCGCCAUUGACAUCUGGAAGGACUACUCGGAACUCAAGGAAAUGGACCGUGCCAACCGGACAACCUUUACCCCGCACAUUUCCGAAGCCCAGAGUGCGCGACUGUACAAGCGCUGGACCAAAGCGGUCGACAUGGCGCGUGGUUGGAUGAACCCCGUGGACGGUGAAUAG